AGCGGUUGCCUGCAGAGAUUCUCCUAAUGAUAUUCAGACUAGUCUUCCUCAAUAGUCGUGCCAGGAGGUGGAAUACAGAAUGGGUAGCUCUGGAAGCAUGCGAACUUCCCGUACCCCCGAGGUUUCUCGACCGUCAUAAUUCCAGAUAUUGGUCAUGGAAAUAUAAGGAUGUGUCUUCGCCUAACUUGUUCCCCUUCGCCUUGGCCGAAGUUUGCCAGAGAUGGUCAGCUUUGCUCGGGCAGGUUUCUACCUACUGGGAUCGCAUCGUCAUCUAUGUCGACUCUCCCUCUACCACUCCUGUCUUAGUGCGGGGCUAUCGGGAGUACUCUCGACACCAACCCUUCCAUGUAUGGCUAACGCGACGGAACAAGCAAAGGUUGCCGGAGCUUACCUGCGAGGAUCCUUCCCUCACCUCCGCAUGCUCAUUCUCAAGUCGCAAGUCAUCGACAACCAAGACACCCUGCCUUGCGACGGCGAAUUCCUCGCCCCUAAACUUUCUACUCUAGAAUUGGACGGGAAAAGCUUUGCGGGCGGGGAGCGCAUCUGGAUGGAGGAGCCAACGAACGAGAUAUCCGAACGUAAGAUCACCCUCACGCACUAUGCUCCCACCGAUAUGGGGAUGUCUUCUGAGUUGACUAUGGAUAGCGUCUACGCCAGCUUGAACCGUUGCGCCCAUCUCACCCUCUUUGCUGUCGAAGAAAACGUCGAAUUCAACAGCGUGGAAUCAGAGGACAGUAUUUCCACGAACAUUGGACGCGUUUGUCUGCAGGGGCUCCGAGGGACUACUCUGUCUCGCUUUUUUAACGGCUACCCCGGCGUCGACACAGCGAAUAUCACACACUGUGACUUCGAGGGAGGUUGGGAAGCUCCUCUCGGGGCGUCGUCACUGAACCUAUACGACAUAGAGGGUGAAAAAGGACUCAUACAGGUGCUCAAGAGCUGGAAGGGUUCCUUUCUAAAUGUCCAGCAUUGUCCCGGGUUCAACAAAAGAGUCCUCGAAACUAUGAUAGAGCACCCUCCCGAAAACAUGGAUGCUCUGGUACUUUAUACCGACGACAACCUGUUUUCCGUCGAACUGUUCCGGAAUGCGGUUUCUGCCUGGGAGGAGCAACUGCUGUGCCUUGCAGUAUAUCAGCCUGGAGACGGGCCUUCGGAACAAGAUAUUGCUUGGUUUGAGGAGCGACUGGAAGCUUUUAAGUGGGCCACCGAUGUUUAUAUUCCUCGUAGGAAUCGGCUUCACAGUUCACCUCCAGAUUACACAGAUGCCACGGAUCUUUAUGGCUCUUCUCAUGUGGACUACAGCGACAAUAUCGUCAUGUAA